AUGGUCAUGGAAGAUGGCAUGCCUUUUACGUGGUGGAUUGGAAGAGCCAACGAAAGGCAUCCCUACUGGGGAGGUUCCCUUCCAGGGGUCCAGCAAUGUGCAUGUGGGCUAGAGGAGAGUUGCAUAGACAUGAGGCACUUCUGCAACUGUGAUGCAGACAAAGAAGAAUGGACAAAUGAUACUGGCCUUCUUUCCUUCAAAGACCACUUGCCUGUCACCCAGAUAGUUAUCACUGAUACCAACAGAUCAAACUCAGAAGCCGCCUGGAGAAUUGGCCCAUUACGUUGCUAUGGCGACCGGCACUUUUGGAAUGCAGCCUCUUUUAAUACAGAAGCCUCUUGCCUUCACUUCCCUACCUUUCAUGCAGAGUUCAGUGCUGAUAUUUCAUUCUUUUUCAAAACCACGGCUUUGUCUGGCAUCUUCUUGGAAAAUUUGGGCAUUAAAGACUUCAUUCGACUGGAAAUAAGCUCUCCUUCAGAAGUCACUUUUGCCAUUGAUGUUGGGAAUGGCCCCAUGGAGCUCACAAUUCUUUCUCCAUCCCCCCUGAAUGACAACCAGUGGCAUUAUAUACGGGCUGAAAGAAAUCUCAAACAGACUUUGCUCCAGGUGGAUGACCUUCCAGCAAAGAUACUGGAGACGCAAGAGGAGGGGCAGUUUCGAUUGCAGCUAACCAGUUCAUUAUUUGUAGGUGGCACAGCAUCAAGGCAAAAAGGAUUCCUAGGAUGUAUUCGCUCUUUGCAAUUAAAUGGACAGAAACUUGAUCUUGAGGAAAAGGCCAAGGUCACACCUGGAGUCAAGCCUGGAUGUCCUGGACACUGCAGCAGUUAUGGCAACCUUUGUCACAAUGGAGGGAAGUGUGUAGAGAAGUAUAAUGGCUACCUCUGUGACUGUACCAACUCUCCAUAUGAAGGACCCUUUUGUAAAAAAGAGGUUUCUGCAAUUUUUGAAGCUGGUACCUCUAUUACCUAUGUUUUUCAAGAGCCUUAUCCAGUGACCAAGAAUACAAGUCUUUCCUCCUCAGCCAUUUAUGUGGAUGCUAUGCCAUCAUCUAAGGAGAAUAUUGCAUUUAAUUUUUUGACUGGCCAGACACCCAGCCUUCUGUUGUUCAUCGACUCUUACUCUCAGGACUACUUGGCUGUUCUUCUGUCCAGGAAUGGAAAUUUACAGGUUCGAUAUCAGCUGAGUAAGGAGAGAGUCCAUGUAUACACCAUCGAUGUGGAAAACUUUGCCAACAGACAAAUUCACCAUGUGAAGAUUAACAGAGAUGGGAAAGAGCUCACUAUUCAGGUGGACCAACAUCCUAAAUACAGGUAUAACUUCUCCUCAGAGGUUGACUUCCGGGCUGUAAGGUCUCUCACAUUGGGCAAAGUCACAGAUAGCCUGGUACUAGAUGCUGAAGUCUCCAAAGCGAACACCAUUGGAUUUGUUGGAUGCCUGUCAUCAGUCCAAUAUAACCACAUAGCACCACUGAAGGCAGCCCUGCGCCACCCCAGCAUUGCGCCUGUCACUGUGAAAGGCAUUUUGGCAGAGGCUAAUUGCAGAUCUGUAAUGGAAGCAGAUGUAAACACAGUGACAACAGUAUACUCUUCAUCAGAUCCUUUUGGAAAGACAGAUGAACGGGAACCCCUCACCAAUGCAGUUAGGAGUGAUUCGGCUGUCAUUGGAGGUGUAAUAGCAGUGGUGAUAUUCAUCAUCUUCUGCAUCAUUGGUAUCAUGACUCGAUUCCUUUACCAACAUAAACACUCACAUCGAACUAACCAGAUGAAGGAGAAAGAAUACCCAGAAAAUUUGGACAAUUCCUUUAGAAAUGACAUUGACUUGCAGAACACAGUAAGCGAGUGUAAACGGGAGUAUUUCAUCUGAUGGACUAAAUGGUCCCCACAAAUUAUUUUUUCCCCUUUCUUU